CUCAUGUGGAAGACAGAGCAGAAUUAUUCAGAAUUGUUCCAGGACAAGAAGCAGUGAGUGUAAAUUACAAGGAAGUAGAUUUUUGUGGAAUAUUAGAAAAAAAUUCCUAGCAGUAAGAGUGUGCAACAGACUGUCUUGGGAGAUGAUGAACUCUCUUUCACUGAAGGUGUUUAAACAGUAGCUGGAUGGCCACCUGUUGGGAAUGUUGUAGUAGUGGAUUCCUGCAAAGGUCGAGGGUAGGACUAAAUGAUCUCUAUAUGGUCUUUCCAAUCCUUACCUUCUAUGCCUCUAUGAUAAACUCCUAAACAUCUUCCAUUUUGACUAAAUUGACUGCACAUUCCUUGCACAAACAUCUUUGUAUUUUACACUGAAUAUAAUAGAUUAGUGAAUAUUUUGGGAAAAUCUAUUUUAGGUUUUCUGAAAUGUCAGACUUUCAGAAAAGCCACUAAUUUAAAGUCCCUAAAAUAUAAGAGUAUUUUUUUCACUAGUUAUUACAAGAUAGUGUGUGUACUCCUGUUCAGCACAGAGAUUUGCCUUGAUCUCUCUCCCUUUUAUUUUUCAUAUAAAAUAAAGGAGACCUGAGUGUUCUUAGUUGAUCAAAGAAAGCAGUCAUAUGUUUCUGACACCAUUAUAAUGGGAUAAAUCUGUUUUUUUUAAAAAUCAGCUGUGUAACAAUUUGCUAACAUCUAUAAAAGGCAGCAUUUUAUUCUCUUUUUUGUUAUUGCAAAACAACUCACUGCAGAGUCUUACAUAAAUGCUAAGUAAAGAGCAAAAUGAAUGAAUGAACAAGGGGACAAACUUGGUAAUGACAUCAAUAGGUUUUCUGUGUAGCGGGUCAGUUGAAAAUCAGUUACUUAUUAUCCCAUGAUAUCAAAGAAAUAAUAAAGCAGCUUCUUAUGAAGCUUCCAGGUAUUUAAAGCUUCACAUCCACCUAGGAAUAUAACUGUACAGGUGCUUGGCUGGAGCAAUAACUGUUUGAAGUUCUUUCUGGAGAUUUCAUUUAAGAGUAUAGUUAGAGGUUCAUACUUUUUCUGAUGCACUUGAGGACUAUAUAUGAAUUAUCAGUUGGAUCAGGUACUGUUAAAAGAUCUAACAAUGGAAUCAUCUUGUUUUAAUUUUGAAGAAGAUUCAAUAUCCAAUUACCCAUUUGGAGUCAAUGUGAAUUCUUUCAACCAGUUCUCCUCUCAGCUAGAUCAUUUUCUUUUUGACUAUUCUACUGCAAAUGAAGACUUCGUCUGCUUGCCUGCUCCUUUUCAAACAUUUUCUCCUGAUAUGCAAACACCAGUUCCACACCUUGGAAAUAUUCUGCAAUUUGAAGGUAAUGCUGAAUUGGACAGUUCCUUACUGAUUCAGUCUGAUGAAACAGAUUGGCAACAUAAAUACUAUAAAAUUAUUCCAGAUCAAUCUUACAAAAGAGAAAGGCAUGCUGCCAACAUUAGAGAAAGAAAGAGGAUGCUUAGUAUUAACUCUGCUUUUGAAGAACUCAGAGGCCAUGUACCAACUUUCCCUUAUGAAAAACGUCUCUCCAAAAUUGACACCCUCAGACUGGCUACAGCAUACAUUGCAUUGCUUAGUGAUAUCUUAAAAUCAGGCUCUGACCCUAAAAUCUAUGUGCAAGAAUGCAUGAAUAAGGACCAUCAAGAUGCAAUCUGGAAUACAAGUGAUCCAUCAAACAUAAAGUAACAGAUGGGGAAAGGAACUAUCUGACAGCCCGGUUGUCUUGGAUAAAAUGGGAUUAAGAUGCACAGCAGAAGAGAGGAUUCUUCAAAGGAUCUGACUGCUUGACACCAGCUGUUAAAUUCUCACCAUAUUUACUGAAUUAUUUAUAGAUGUAUUAAUAAU